AUGAGAAUAAGAAAAACAUGGUGUACGUUAUGUCGUGAAAAUUUCGAAGAGGGGGAUGAGUGUAUCCAAUGUAAGCAAUGUAAGAAAAAGUUUCAUAGGGAAUGUUUACAAGCAGAAGGUUUAAUGGAUAAUGAACAAUUAAAAGACAUAAAGAAUUAUGUAUGUUAUCAAUGUAUAAAUGAGGAUGAUGAUAUACCAGAGAAUGAAGACAGAUGUAAAAUAUGUCGUGAGAAAUCAGCAAAUUUGAUAUUAUUAUUAUGUGAUGGAUGUCCAAAUAGUUACCAUGUUAGUUGUUUAGGUUUAGCAGCAGAACCGGAAUCAGAAAAAUGGUAUUGUCCUAUAUGUAAACCAGAUGAUCAUAAAAAUUUAGAUGUAAGAAGAAUGAGAAAAGGUUUUGUACUUGACAAUAUGAAUGGGGAACAUGUAAAUUCUUCAACUUGUUAUGUGUGUCAAAGACCUGGUAAAUUAUUAGGUUGUGAUUUUUGUCCGAAUUCAUUUCAUCCAACAUGUUUACCAGAUUUAGAUUUUGAUAAUAUUUCUGAUCAAUGGGAAUGUCCUUGUUGUAAAAAUGAAGAUCCUUUAUUAAAUCAAGGACACAAGAGAUGGACAAAAAAUGAAAUACAAGAAAUUAUGAAAAAAAGACAAAGAGAGUUAGGUUUUUGGAGAUCAAAAAUAAUAAAAUAUCGUAAUCGUUUUUUAUUAGCACAUCGUAAAGAUUUACAACCAUUUGUAAAUCCUCGUGUGUUUUCUAAUUUAACAAAAACAUUUAAAAAUGAUUAUUUCCAUACAAAAGGUAGUAGUAAUAAUAAAAAAUCUAAUAAAUAUGAUAAUGAUAAAUAUAAUUCAAAAAAAGAUGUAGAUAUGGAUUCGAAAGAAUUCAAUGAAUUUAUAUCUUCUUUAGAAGAUGAAGCUCAUCAAAAUGCAUGUAAAUUUAUAGAAUCCGUUUUCUUAAGUGUAUAUUAUCCAAAUGGAAGAAAAAUUGAAAGAAGACCGCUAGUAGAUAAUGUUCAAUUAAAACCGCAUCAAGAAGAUGGGGUAGAAUGGUUAUUAAAAUCAUUUUUAACAGGAGGGGCAAUAUUAGCGGAUGAGAUGGGUUUAGGAAAAACUAUACAAACGUUAUGUUUUUUAUCAUAUUUAAAAUGUAAUAAAAUAGAUGGUCCUCAUUUAAUUGUCGUACCGUUAUCAACAGUAGGAAAUUGGUUAAGAGAAAUUCAUAGAUUUACACCACAUUUAACUUGUAUUAAAAUAUGUGGUUCUAAAAAUGAAAGAACACAUGCAAAAGAAGAUCGGUUAGCUGAGAAAGGAUUAUAUGAUUUAUAUGUAACUACAUACGAAACAGUAAAAAAUGAAGAAGAAUUUUUUGUAGAAACUAUACCAAAAUGGCAAUGUAUAGUAUUAGAUGAAGCACAUAGAAUUAAAAAUCAAAGUGGUGCUAUAAGACAUUCAAUGGAUAGAGUAGUAGGAAAUAUGAGAUUAUUAUUAACAGGAACACCACUUCAAAACAAUUCAGCAGAAUUAUUUACAUUAAUUAAUUUUAUGUUUCCUGAUAUAUUUAAAAAUUCAGAAAUAAUAGAACAAGCAUUUAUGAAUGCUUCACAAAAUAAUAAGAACAAAAGUAAUAAUAAUAAUAAUAAUAAUAAUAAAGAUGAAAAAAAUAAUAAUAAUGAUGAUGAUGAUGAUGGUGGUGGUGGUGGUGGUGGUGCUAAUACUUCAGGUAAUAAUACAUCCAAAGUAAAUGUUAAUAUUGGUAAUAUAGAUCUAAAAUCAGCUAUAAAAGAAGAAGAUUUAAAAUCAAUACGAUGUUUGUUAGAUAAAAUUAUGUUAAGACGUUUAAAAGAACAAGCCAUAACACUUCCAAAAAAAAUAUUUCAUGAUGUGUGGUUACCAUUAGGUACCUUAUCUGCACAUUGGUAUAAAAGAUUAUUAGAUAUAAGAUCUAUGGUGGAAGAAAAAGUUAGUGUAAAGAAAUUAUUAGGUUUAGUUAUAAAAAUGAGAAUUAUAUGUGGACAUCCAAAAGGUAUAGUAAGUAGACCAUCCCAAAUGGAAAAAUUGUUUGCAUUUUUUGAAGAAGAAAGUGAAGAUAUAAAAGAACAAGUAAAAAAUGAUGCGUUAAAAUUAAAAAAUAUAUCUGGUGAAGAACAUAUAGAGUCUUCAUCCAAGUUAAUUUUUAUUGAUAAGUUAUUAUGUCAAUUACAUUAUGAAAAUUGUAAAUAUGUUAAAAAUUAUGCAUCCAGUUAUGAAAAACAUAAAAAAGAAGUCGCUGCUUAUAAUUAUCAUAAAAUACAAGAACAAACAAAUGCUCAGAAAAAAAAAAGAGAGCAUUCUGGAAAAUUUAAAAAAAUUGAAGCAUUAGAAAAUAGUCCCUUAUUUAUGGAAAUAUAUAAUAAGGGCAAAUUUGAUUUAAAACCCACAUCUCAAAAGGAGGACAUGUUAAAAAGUUUUAUGCACUCAGUUCCUGUGGAUAAUGAAUGUCCUUAUAAGAAAAAGAGAUGUAUAUAUGAUAAGGUCAAGGAAUAUGUGAAGAAUAAUAGUAAUAUAAAGCAUAAGGGUCGUGCCCGAUUAAUAUCUGAUAAUAAUAAGAAUAAUAAAAAUGAUGAUAAUAGUGAUGAUGAAGAUGAUGAUGAAGAAGAAGAUGAGGUAAAUUAUUAUAAUAAAAGAAAGGAUAAGAAGAAAAAGGUCAUAUCUGAUGAUGAUGAUGAUGAUGAUGAUGAUGAAAAUUCAAAUGACGAUAAUAAGAGUGAAGAUAAUAAUAAUGAUGAUAAUAAUAAUGAUGAUAACAAGGAUAUUACAAAAAAUGAUAACAAUGGUAAUUUUAGUGAUAAUAAUAAUAAUAAUAAUAAUAUAAAUGACGAUCAGAAUGAUGAUAACAUAUUUAGUCUUCAUGAUAGUUCAAAAAUAAAUAAUAAUAUAAAAGAAUUUUUAAAGAGCGAAAAAAUGGAAAUGUCAAACAAUACAGAUAAAAUAAAUGAAGAUUCAACUGUAGGUGUUACAGAUAAAGGUGAUAACAAACUGGAUGAUUUUGAUAUGUUGAAGAGAGAAGAAAAGGAAAAGAAUGAUGCUUAUAUGAAAGAAGAAGGAGAAGAAUAUGACGAAGAAGAUGUAAUAACUCAUAAAAAUGGUACACAAUUAAAUAUUGAUAAUAAUAAUAAUAAUAAUAAUAAUAUAAAUAAUGUGACUGACCUAAAAUUACAAACAGAUGAAAAAAAAGUUGUUAUUAAUAUAAAGAACGAGAUGAAUGAUAAUGAUGAGAAUGGUGAAAAGUUAGGUGAAGCAAAAAUGCAUAAAGUAUUAAUAUUUACGCAAUUUCAAUUAGUUUUAGAUGAAUUAGAAGAAUAUUGUAAAUAUCGAUGUUGGAAAUAUAUGAGAUUAGAUGGUUCCACAAAUAAAUUAAUUAGAGAAUUAGAUAUAAGAGAAUUUAAUUUGAGCGAUAGUAUUUAUUUUAUAUAUUUAAUUAGUACAAGAGCAGGUGGUUUGGGUAUUAAUUUAACAGCAGCAAAUCAUGUUAUAAUGUAUGAUGAAGAUUGGAAUCCAUUUAUAGAUUUACAAGCCAUAGAUAGAGCUCAUCGUAUUGGUCAGAAGAGAGAAGUAAAUGUGUGGAAGUUAAUGACAGAAUGGACUGUUGAGGAAAGAAUGGCAUUUAGAAGAGAACAAAAAUUGAAAUUAGAUAAAUUGGUUGUACAAACACAAGAUGAUGAAGAUAUGUUAGAUAACUUUGAAGAAAAAUUAUCGUCUGAUGAAAUAAGGAAAUUAAUGUUGCAUGGUAAAGCAGCUAUACAAAAUAUGGAUGUUGAAAGUACAAAUAAUUUUCCUUUAGAAUUUUUUAUUGAAAGGGGUCGUCAAAAGUUACCUAUAAUAAAUGGGGUAGAUUUAGAGAGAGAGGAAAAAUGUGCAAUAGAAGAGGAAAUAAAUAAAAAAGAUGAUGGAGACGACAUAUUGGUUAGUAAAAAUGAUGAGGAUGAUGAUGAUGAUGAUGAUAAUAGUGUUGAUGCUAAGUAUAAUAAUAACAAUGAUGAUGAUAAUGCUAUAGAUAUAGAUGAAGUUAUGAUGGAUGAGGCUGAAGAAUUAGAGUCACGAAAUAAUAAUACCAAUAAUAAUAAUAAUAAUAAUGAUGGAACUGGAGGAAGUGGUGAAAUGAUAAAUGGUCAGUUUUCUUCAAGCAAUAACCAAAACAAUAACAACAACAAUAAUAAUAAUAAUGAUAUUUCGUUAUGGAGAUCUGUUAGGGAAAGAAAGAAACCUCAAAUUUUAUAUACCCCUGAAUAUUGGGGAAGAAAACAAGAAGUGAAACAAAUUAAACAUGAAUAUCGAUGUUUUAUUUGUAACAAUACUAAGAAUCAUAAAGCUAUUGUUAAAGAUAGGAAUGGUAAUGAUAUUGAAAUCGAUUAUGGUGAUAUGAUUAAUUGUUUCCGAUGUCCUAAAACUUAUCAUAAAUUAUGUGAAGGCAUAAAAGAUGAAAAUGUAAAGAAAACAUGGACCUGUAGUUGGCAUGAAUGUUGUUUAUGUUUUCGUAAAUCAUCACAAUGUGGUAAUUUGUUAAUUCAUUGUGCUACUUGUCCAACAAGCUUUUGUUAUAAUUGUUUUCCUCCUGAUUACGUGAGAUAUUAUGUAGGUGAAGAAUAUUAUCAUAAUUUAAGACAAAGAGGAGUUAAUUUUACUCCACAAAAUUGGGUAUGCUUUUUAUGUUCCAAAUGUAAAGCUGUCGAAGAACAAAAGAAGAGAAGAAAGAUGACCAAAGAAGAAAGAGAAAAUGAAAAACAAUUACAAAAAGAAUUAAGAAGUCAAUUACAUGAUAGUAAACAAGAAGAAUUAGAAGCUAAGAAAAGAAAGAGAGCACAACAAUUAGAAAGAGAUAAAUUUAUAAUAGAAAAUAGAAAACGAAUUGAUGCUUUAGAUCAACAAUAUGAAGAUCAAUUAAGAAAAGCAUAUGAAAAUGUGUUCCCUAAUAAUUUUGUAAAAGAAUUAGUUAAUAGAAUUGAACAUGCUAAGAUGUUAAAACAAAAAGGUAUUGUAGAAGAUAAUAAUAAUAAUAAUAAUAAUAAUAAAGAGACGAAUAAAAAGAAAUCUACAACCUUUUUACAUACAAAAUUACCAAGCAAAUUAUUAGUACUAUGUGAAAAUUGUAAAUUACCAUGUCAUGCUAAUUAUAAAUAUCCUGGUAAAUGUUGUUAUCCUCCUGAGUUAGAUAAGUCUUAUUAUAUGUCUAAUACAUCUUUUAGUCAAAUGGGAAGAGAUGGGUUUGAAAAACGAGUAAGUGAAGGGAAAAAUGAUUCUUGUUCAUCACAUAUCCAUUUCAAAGACAAGGUAGGUGAAGAUAGCAAUAACAUGAAAAAUAUUACUAAUAUAGUAGAUGGGAAUAAAAUAAUGAAUAGUUCCCCCCAUAAAGGAGGUACAAAAUGUGAACCAAAUGAGGGUUCAACAACACCUUCCAGAAACGAUGGAAUAAAAAAAGAUCUAAUGGUUACAUCGACAAUAAAUAAUAAUAAUAGUAAUAAUAAUAAUAAUAGUAAUAAUAAUAAUAAUAAUAAUAAUAGUUAUAAUUUUAAUGAAAAUAAAGAAAAUUCAUCAAGUACUAAUAAAUUAAUGUCUAACAAAGGAAUAGAAUAUAACAAAAAUGAUGAUGAAGAUUAUAAUAAUAACGAAAGUAAAGAUAAAAUAAUGAAAGGUGUUGGUACAACCUUCUUAUCUGAUGGAAGUAUGAGAUUUGAAAAGGAUUCACCUGAAAAUAAUAUGAAUGAAAAUAAUAAUAUGAAUAAUAAUAAUAAUAAUGAAAAAGAUAGUCCACAAAAUAAUAAUGAUAAUACAUCGAAGAGUAAAACUAGAAAAUUUUUAAGAGCUGUUUGUUCAAAAUGUGGUACAGUGCAAUUAGGCAAAUUAGCACAUUUCAGAAAACAUUGUGAUAAAUUAACUGAAGAAGAAAAAAAAGAAUAUGAUGAGAAGAGAGAGAAAUUAAAAGAAUUAAUUAAUUUAUUAAAUAAGAAAAAAAUAAAAGAAGAACAUACAGAAGAAGAAUAUAAGAAUAUGUCUGUUUUUAAAUUUAAGAGUUUAUAUAGUAAUUAUCAAGAUAAAGCUGAUGAUAUAUUAGAAGAUUGUAUACGUUCAAUGAAAUGGGAUAUAUUAAUAGCAGAUAAAAAAAAAAUAAUAAAAAAAGAAAAAGAAAAAGAAAAUAAAAAAAUAUAUUCAAAAAAUGAUGAUGAUAAUAAUAAUAAUAAUAAUAAUAAUAAUAAAAAGAAUAAUAAUAUCACUAGUAUGAGUUUAAAAGCAAAAUUAACUCAUUUCUUAUCAAAUCAACCUUUAACCAUAAGUUCUGAUUAUUCAGAUACAAAAGAUAUUAUAGAAAUAAGAAGUGAUUUAACAGAUGAUAUGAAAGAAAAAAUAAAUGAUGAAUUAUGUACCAUCAGUGGAAAAAGAAAAAAAUGUAUAGUAAAGAAUAUUAAAAAAGUUAAAAAGAAAAAGGGUAAUGAUGAUAAUGAUGAAAAUAACAAUAAUAGUAAUAAUAAUGUGGAUGGAGAUAAAAAGAAUAAUAAUAAAAGUAAUACUUCAUCCAAAAAAAAAGAUGAUAAAGAUUUAAAGAAAUUAAAUUUACUUAUUAAUCCGUUUCAUGAAAAAUUAAUAAAAGAUACACACAAUGCAAAUUUUAUAAGAGAUUCAUUUAAUGAAGAUUUUUUAAAUAAGGCAAAAGAAUUUUUACGAGUUACUAAAAGUAAUUUAAUUAAUAACGGUAAUAAUAAUAAUAAUAAUAAAAAUAAGAAAAGUAGUAGUAAUAGUAAAAAUAUUAAUAAAAAUAGUAGUAACACAAAAAAUAGUAGUAAUACAAAAAGUAGUAGUAACACAAAAAGUAGUAGUAAUACAAAAAAUAAAAAUAAUAAAAAUAAUCAUAAUAAUUCCUUUUUAGAAAGUGCUACCACAGCAGAAGAUUUUCUAAGGGGUAUAACCACAGGUAAUAAUAAUAUUUUUAAUCUGGUUUCAUCAUCGAAUUCUCCCUAUGAUAAAAAUAAAAAAUUAAAAGAUGAUGAAUUUGAAAAAUCUAUUAUACAGAAUUAUCUAAAUAAAAUGAAGAAUUCUUUAAAAAAUUCAUCCCAUUUAGAUAAAAAUACUAUAAAAGAAAAAUUAAAAGAAUUAAAUUAUGUAAAUUCUCGAUCAAAUAGUAACACAAAAAAUAAUAUGAAUACUAAUAUUAUUAAUAAUAAUAAUAAUAAUAAUAAUAAUCAACAUACUAUUAGUGCUCAGGAAAAUAGCCUCCGAUUUGCUAAAGAAAUAUUUAAAAAUGGAGCAUUUGAUAAAAAUGGAAAUUUUAAAUUGUACGCGAACAAAGGUAAUUUGUGUAAUACAAAUAAAGAUAUUGUACAUCUUCUUAAAAGUAACGAACAAAUUGAAAAUAUGAAUAAAAAUUCAGGAUAUUCAAUCAACGAUUUUAAUCUUGAUAUAUUCAACAUUGAUAAAAAUAUUAAAUGUGAAGAUCUUGAAAAAAAAUUAUUAAAUUUAUGUGCAAGUACCAAUUUAAUGAACAAAAAAAAUAUACAACAUGAUAAUAAUAAAAAAGAAGAUAACAAAAAUUAUAUGUUAGAUAGUAAAAAUAAAAAUAAACAAUUUCUAUUUAAAAAGGAUAAUACGCAACAACAAGAGGCAUUCCUUUCAAAUAUCUCCAAAGCAAAAAAGGAAUCCAGCAACUCAAGAAAAAGGGUUGUAGAAGAUGUAAAUGUAGAUUAUGAUAUAAAAAAAAUUACAAAUACAUCUGAAAAUAGUGGGCCAAAUAAAGUCCAAGAAUAUAUUUUAUAUAGAAGAAAUACAUCUAGUGUAAUGUCCAAUGUAAUAAAUAAUAAUGAUAAGAGCAAAAAUGUGAGGAAUGAUGACGAAGAUGACGAUGAUGAUGAAGAUGAUGAUGAAGAGGAUGACGAAGAUAAAAAUGAAAGUUCAAAUUAUAAUAAUAAUAAGAAAAAAAAGACAAAUACUUCAAGUAGAAAUAGCAGUAAUAAUAAUAGUAGUAAUAAAAAUAAAAAUAAUAAAAGUGGUAAUGAUAUUCAUCAAGCUAGUAACUUACUGUAUCAAAAUUUAUUAAAUAAUCCGCAAAGUCUUUUACAGCAUUUAAAUUUGGAAGAUGUAAAGAAUUUCUUAAAAGCCGCAGACAGAAGUAAUAAUGAUAACUUACCAGAAAUUAAUUAA